UAUAUAUAUAUCUACCAUGGAACCCAACGAACACUACCACCAUCACCAACAAACUUCAUUCCGGCCAUCACCGGAGCACGAGUCAGCAAUCAUGGUGUCAACCUUAAUCAACGUCAUCUCCGGCAAUGUCUCUGACACCACUAUUACUUCAGCCACCCAAGCGUUUACUUUGCAACAGCUACUAGUGGGUGACACUUGCCACCAAUGCGGCAUCGAAAAAUGCUUAGGCUGUGACUUAUUCGUCGAUGCUGAAGAACACGGAGAACAGAUCAAGAGGAAGAAGAAGAACAAGUAUAGAGGAGUGCGGCAACGGCCUUGGGGAAAGUGGGCGGCUGAGAUUAGGGAUCCAGUGAAGGCUGUGAGGAAAUGGUUAGGGACUUUUGAUACUGCCGAGGAGGCGGCGAGAGCUUAUGAUUCUGCCGCCAUUAGAUUUCGGGGACCUCGGGCGAAGCUAAACUUUUCUUUUCCUGAAGGGUUGCAGGGUGAGGAGAGGAGGGAGGAAGAGGGGAUUUGGGAUGGGUUGCAGGAUUUGUUUACUUUGGAUAGUGGGAGUGGUUCUGGUUUCGAACUUGACCGGCCUCCUCCGGCGAGUUCUUCUUGAUCUCAAUCAAUUGUUGGGUAGU